CAGAUAAAUAUCAGUGUUUCCGACUGCGUCCAGUUCCUUGACUAACCAGCUUAAUAACCUUCCCCUCUCCCUCCUCACAACACUUCUGCCUGCGCAUACGGACAUACAACCUAGCACAAAAUGAGAAAGUUGGGCUUCGGUAAAAAAGGCGAAGACGGAGACGAUGACAAUAGAAGAGCCCUUUUUGGCUCAAGGUCAAAGGCGAAAAGCCCAGCUCCCCAGUCAAACCCCUAUGCCCAAACCACCGGAUAUUCCGACCCCUAUACGGAGGCAAAAUCAAAGCUCUAUGGCAAUCCCCAAUCUCAGCCCAGUGAUAACGGACAAUCUGGAGGGCCAAAACGUGAUUACGGCGGUGUAAACCAGCCCCCGAAUCAAAUGGGAGGUGGUUAUGGUCCAGGGAAACAGAGCGUCCAAGGAGGGUACGGGAGAGACAGAUAUGGAGGCAGCGAUAAUACAGGCGGAGGUUCUAGAUACGGCCCUGGAGGCUAUGGUGGCCUUGGAAAUGCGGACCCUAAUGCCGGAGACGAUAAUAGAAAUGCCCUGUUCGGAGAUGCUCGCCAGCGAUUCCAGGAACGACAACAGCAGCAGGACAAUACCCGUCCUCCCCCAUAUAGCGCUCAUGCUGGAGCUGAGAACGAGAGCGGUGCUCCCGGCACUACAUCUGGAGGCUACGGUGCUUAUCAAGACAGACAACUCACGGCCGAAGAGGAAGAAGAAGAGGACGUCCAGGCCAUAAAACAAGAAAUUCGCUUUAUGAAACAGCAAGAUGUCUCCUCUACUCGCAACGCUCUCCGUGUGGCUGCGGAAGCCGAAGAAACUGGUCGCAGUACUCUUGCUCGUCUAGGUGCUCAAGGUGAACGAAUCCACAACACCGAAAAAAAUCUCGAUCUUGCAGCAAACCAGAACCGGAUCGCCGAUGAAAAAUCUCGUGAGCUCAAGAAACUCAACAAGAGCAUGUUUGCUAUGCAUGUUUCGAACCCGUUCACAAGCGCAGAGCGUCGCAGGGCUCGCGAUGAAGCGAUCAUUAGUCGCCACCAGGACGAGCGAUUCCAACGAGAAGAAACGCGGCUAGCUGCAUUCCGAACGGAGCAGCGUUUGGGUCAGACUUUCAAGGAGAUGGAGAAGCAGGGCCAUUCCGCGACGUCAAAGACGAAAACUAAUCUUGCGGAACGCUCAAAAUACCAGUUUGAGCAAGACAGUGAAGAUGACGAGAUGGAGAACGAGAUCGACUCUAAUCUUGAUGCUCUUCAUGGUGCUGCAGUGAGACUGAAUGGUCUCGCCAGAGCUACUGGGAGAGAACUUGAGGAGCAGAACAAACGCUUGGAUGUUAUUAUGGGCAAGAGUGACUCUGUGGACGACCAAAUCCAUAUGAACCGCGCCCGGCUGGACCGGAUUCGUUAAACGCGGCAAAUGUCUUUCUGUUCUAUUUCAAGCAACAUAGGUCCCGGCGUAUAGGCUUCUAUCUACAUUAGUACCAGUCCG